UUAUCUGAUAAUAUGAAGCGAAACCAGGAUAUUUUGUGACUUUAUCCUCGGUUGGAAAAGUGGCCAACGUCUUUUGGUCACGCAUCAAACGACAACGAAUGGGCUUUCGAGAAUUUUGGUCUAACAAUUUGAUUGGCUACUGAAUGGCUUUAAGGAAUAACUCACUCACGGCAAAAGGUUCACCCAUGAAAGAGGCGGCGAAUUAUCCUUACUUGGGCGCAUCACAAUUUCCGAAACGUGUACUAAUAUUAAAUACAUUUUUAAUAUUCUUUUAUAUUUUUUGUUGACGUCGAUGGCUCUAAAGUAGCUUUGGGCUGAGCUAUAUUUCUUCAUACAAUAAAUUCAUUCAAUGUCAAGGACAUGUGUCAAGGAUAAAACGAGGCACCGCACAAACGAAGAGCGCUUCUUAUAACCCUAGUGAAAAUUUGACCAUUUUAAUCAUUUGGGUGCGUGAAGGAAGUGAGACGCACAAGGAAGUGUAGUUUAGAUUCGGUGUUACUUCGUGUAUCGGCAAAACUUGCACUUCAAAUUUGUUUGUUAAAUGAGUGAAUUUCAUGCUAUGGAAUACGCAAAAUGUUGCUUUAGUUAACGCCAUUGAAAACCUAACCGAACAUUAUCAAAAGGCAUAAUGCUGAGCAGCAGAAUGAAGCACAUCCUGCACUGCAUCCUUUUGGCAUUGGUCGUGGUUGUGUUCGGUCUUGUGUCGGGUGGACUACGGUGGAAUUCUGAUAACCAAGUAAAAUUGGACCCAUGGAACGACUAUGGACUCGUGGGGGCAUUCGUUCUAUAUUUUCUUCGUAUACUGACGUUCCUUUCUUUUCCUCAAGUGCUUUUCAACUUUGUUGGAUUAACAAUGUACAAUGCAUUCCCUGAUAAAGUUGUUCUUAAAGGCUCACCCUUGCUAGCGCCUUUUAUUUGUAUAAGAGUAGUUACAAGAGGAGACUACCCUCAUUUAGUGAAAACGAACGUAAAUCGAAACAUGAACAAGUGUACAGAAGCUGGGCUUGAAAAUUUUCAAAUAGAAGUUGUUAGCGACAAGCCAAUUGGUCUUGCACCGCAUCGGAGAGUUAGAGAGCUUGUCAUUCCAGCCAAUUAUCGAACUUCAACCGGUGCACUUUUUAAAGCUCGGGCAUUGCAAUAUUGCCUUGAAAAUUCCGUCAAUGAAUUGGCAGAUCAUGACUGGAUCGUACAUUUGGAUGAAGAAACUUUGCUCACAGAAAACUCAGUUCGCGGUAUACUUAAUUUUGUACUUGAUGGAAAGCAUCAGUUUGGUCAAGGACUAAUUACAUAUGCUAAUGAAGAUGUGGUCAACUGGAUUACUACCCUUGCCGAUAGCUUUAGAGUCGCUGAUGAUAUGGGGAAGCUUAGACUUCAAUUCUCCAUGUUUCAUAAACCACUGUUUAGUAUGAAAGGCUCCUACGUUGUUACUCAGGUGGGUGCAGAAAAGCAAGUUUCAUUUGACAAUGGUUUAGAUGGGUCGGUAGCUGAGGACUGUUUUUUUGCAAUGAAGGCGUUCAGUCAAGGGUACACGUUUAAUUUUGUGGAGGGUGAAAUGUGGGAAAAAUCACCAUUUUCCUUACUGGACUUUUUGCAGCAGAGAAAAAGAUGGCUGCAGGGUAUACUGUUGGUCGUUCAUUCGAAAGUAAUUCCCAUUAAAAAGAAGAUACUGUUAGCAAUAUCUUGUUAUUCAUGGGUGACAUUGCCUCUUUCUACUUCAAACGUAAUAUUAGCUGGUUUGUGUCCAAUUACUUGUCCUCCAGUAAUUGACUUUCUUUGUGGUUUUAUCGGUGCAGUGAAUAUCUACAUGUACGUAUUUGGUGUCAUCAAAUCAUUUUCUUUGUACCGUUUCGGUAUAUUACGAUUUAUGCUAUGCAUAUGUGGAGCCUUGUCAACAAUACCUUUCAACAUUUUAAUUGAAAAUGUAGCAGUCAUUUGGGGUUUAUUUGGUAAAAAACACAAGUUUUACGUUGUAAACAAGGAGUAUAAGCCACCAAUAACGGUCUAAUUAGUAAUAAUUAGAUAGUAUUCAAUUAUUUUCUAGUUUAUAACUAAUAUUAACAAUUGAAUCUCAUUAUGUAAUAGUACACCAUCAUAAUAAUUUGUUCAUUCAUUGCUGAGUAUACAUCAUUUUUACAUAUAGAUUUAUUGGCUUGCUGUUGCAUGGCUUAACUCCAUGUAACAAGCAGCUAUUGCUGCCAGUUUAGUUUCUUUGCUUGGAAAGUUGAAAGCUUCUGACAAUGAAAUAUUGCAAGUACUUAUAGCUUUUUGAUCACCCAUUUUUUUUUUCAAGAACUUGUGAUUUACAUUUGAUUAUAAUGGUAGCCAAUAAAAUUCAAAAUUGUUCAAAGUAUUUUAGAUAAACAUUGAAAGCAUUAAGUGUAAUCAGAUAUAAAUCAGAGUCUGUGUUAGAUGAGAUUCUUCGGAAGCAAUUAAGAUAUGAUAUAAUUGAAAACAAUAUAUGAAUCGAACUCUAUCACGAUUAGUUUGUAAAUGUUUAGAAUUUGAAUUUCAGUCAUCAAUGUUACCUGAAAGUUGUAGUUUUUUAUAAGUCCCUGGCUUAGGCAUUAAUCUCUCACAAUCAACUGUCAAAUAUUUAUUCCUUACUGGGAAAAAAUUGAAACUAAUAAGAAUAACGUAAGAACAUGGUUAUUCGUUACGGUAAUUCUGUAAAAUACGCGAGUUAGUAUCUGACAAUCAGCUAAUGCCUGGUGAAAACAAUUUUCAUUCCGUCAAAAAAUAUCGACAUCUGAUUAUUAUUGUAAUACAUGUUAUUAUCCUACUAUUGAUAUGUAGAUAUUACACCUGAUUCGUAAUAGUAGAAUAAUUAAUUUGCUAAACUAUCGAUCUGAUCUUGGCAAUAUCUAUUUCUAGGGUAAUAGUGACGAGUAGACUCAAUUAGAAUUAUUUUAAAGACCUAAUACUGCACAAUACGAUAUAUCAUGGUGUCUAGUCAAAUGGUGUACAGUAAGAAAAGAAAUUAUAAGCUUUGCGAAGUACAUCAAUAUGCCAGAAAAUAAUUUGAAUGAUUAUGCGGAGAAUAUGAAUGCUACUUUUGUAUAAUAUCUACACAGAUCUGUACAUAUGGAAGUUUGAACUUAAGUCCAUCUGUAUGUUUGCAACAAUUCUAACAUGUGGUAAGGUAUUGAAACGAACGUCUCUUAUCCUUCACUACCAAUGAUUUAUGCAUACUGGGUUAAAAUAUUAAUAGUUCGCAAAAAGCAUGUAAAUGAACACAUCAUUCUGUUGCAUUGUCUCUAGAUUAAUCUGAUGCAUUUACAUUGUCAUCACUCACAUGUUAGUAUCUAUUGUUUCCUCACAUCUCAACUCAUAUCUAUGAAACUUGUAAUGUUAAUGCAAGAAACUUUGCAUCCCCAAUGUCAUUUGUACCAUUGCCAAUAACACAAACGCUACCUACGUCGCGCUUAGUAUUAUAUUUUUAAAUGUUGCUUAGGUGAAAAAUGACAUGUUCUACAGUUCUGUUAAAUUACUUUCUGUCGUCGUGAAAAUUGGUUUGAAUAUAAAAUAUACUGUGUUGGAUUUGAGGUGUGGUCCAUUAAGUAAGUUGAAAAGAGAACGUGCUUCAGAAAAUUCUAAAUACCACUCGAUAAAAUUAUCAGUUAAUUUUCAGUUUUUAUCUCAUUUCGAAUAAGUUAAGAUUCCUUUGCAUUAGAAUUUCCCUGGUACCGCAAUUGGUGCUUAGACAUGACCGUACAUUACAGGUACAUAUGUAUAAUAUAACCUGAAGCUGUGAAUAGGCAAUCUGUAAUUUUUUUUUUUUUUUUUGACAUGUGAAAAUGUCUAGUAUUGUAUUUGCUCGAAAAUGAUGAUAGGUAUAGAAUUGGUAUUAUUUAGAACGUCAUAAUUUUGUAUUUAUAUGUAGUGUGAAAAUUGACGGCCCAUGGAGCAAGUAUUUUUGUCUUUUGCUCCGUGGCAUAAUUCUCACAAUCAGAUACUUAUACAUUAUGAACAGUAUUUUCUAACCCUGACGAAACUAUAUUAGUUAUAACGUUGUAAAUAUCAGCAAUAAUUUUAUUUGUAAUUUGUCAACAAACAGGUUAAUUUAAAUUUUACAUUUUUAAAUACCGGCUUCGUAAGUUUUUGUUUGUGAUGUAAUUUUCGUAUUAUUUUCGAUUAAUGUGUACUACCGUAAUAAUCUAAUUUAUUUGUUGUAACAGAAUUCUUAAGUUCACAUUUUUUAAUUUUAGCUUGGUUGUGACCACGAAAUACCUAAUAUACAUCUUUACAAGUUGCCCAUUAUUGAAAGAUUUUCAAGUUCAUGCUCAAGAAAAGAUGAGAUACCUGCAUUAUGAAUUUUUCAAAGCUUUAUUGCGGUACCUACUUGCUGACUUAAUAUGAUAAUAUUUUAAAUAGUGGCUUUGCAUAUUUUCACGUGUACGUUGUAUUCAUUCUGAGCACAAGUCAACAAUGAAACUUGCGAUUAAUUGUUAAUUGAAAAAAUUGAGUUAUCACAGUCAUAGGUCACAAUACUACAGUACUGAUAGGAAAUUAUUCGAAUUUAUCGUUCAGAAUAAUUAAACGAUAAAUAAAUUCACAUGUAUAGAAUUAUGUAUUCUAUUAACGCGUAUGGUGUACUACUAAUUUAUCUCUAAGUGAAAUUUUUCGUAGGAUCUCGAUUCCACCAAAACCCUAGUACGACGAUAUUACAUGUUCCAAAAUCGAUGUACCUAAUAUAUUAAAUGAUACAAGAAUAA